AUGACUGCGGUCUCUAUCGUCGCCCACUCGUGUCAAUACUGCGGCACUACGGACGCCAAAAAAAGUCGCGGCGGCGGCGGCGGCUGUCCUCGCGUCCACUUUCACGACUGCAAGUGCCAGCGGCCGAGUUGGCACUGGCACCGCGACGCGUGUCCACCGACAGAGCCGACACGUGAACUGUGUCCACCGAUCGAGAUCGACGGUACACCCCACGCGGCCGCAACAGCCCGUGUUCCCACGCGCGCCGUACCCUGUAUUACCGCGCAGAAGCAGUCGCCGGCGAAACCGCAGCCUAAGAAACAGCCUAAGAAACAGCCCAAGAAACAGCUUAAGACACGCAGCAACAGCGUGCACGUGCUUUCGUCGGCGGCGGCGGCUGCUGCUACUUCUGUAGCGGCUGCUACUACUUCACCGCCUCGACCGUGCGGGCUCCGCAAGACGCGCUCGGUCUCUCUAGGGACCGCCAAGCGCGUGGCCUGGGGCGACGUCUGGGCGCGCGAGUUCGCGCGGUUUCCAGGCGGCGGCGGCGCCGUCCCGUACGACGGCACGUGGGCGCUCGGCCUGGGGCGCCGCCUCGCCGACGUGCCGCUCGGCAGCGUCUCGGAGCGCGAGCGCGCGCGGACGCAGACGCUGCAGGCGCGCGCCGAGCACCUGACUGGCGUUCGCCGUCGCGACGUGCGCGAGGGAGAGACGCGUCAGUUCGACUACCGGCGCGGGGUGGCGAACCCGCUGUUUGCGCGGCUGGAGGAAGACGCGCGGAAGUGGCUGUUGACGCACUCGAAAGACGUCGACGCGGAGCCAUACGCGGUAGCGGCAGCAGCUGCUGAGGGAGAGGCAAAGAGCGCGAGCGUUACGCGAAGGGCGUCGCCGACUAUGAACGGGCGGCGCGCAGCGCGACGGAAGGCGUCGGCUGCGUGUGGAGCUGCGGGGGAACGACGUGACGGCGGGGACCAUGAGGCUGCUAUGGAGACGCCGGACUUUGGCUGUGUCUCGAUCGAGCAGCUCGACGAGUUCACGCGCAUUCGGGACUCGCGAGAAGGCGCGUGCGGCUGCUCGUGUGGCGACCUGGUGAAGAAAGUGGCCAAGAUGAACGUCAAGAAGCUGCGGGCGUUCUUGAGCGACCGCCAGGUUGAGCUGCCGGGACGGGGCAAGACCGAGUUGAUGGCGGCCGCGAAGGCACUCGCACGGGCGCACAAGAACUGCCAGAGCGCCGACGCGGACUGCGAGUGCGCCCGCAAUGGCGUGCCGUGCCACGCGGACGUCUGUGAAGGCUGCGCAGGUGCGUGCUGCAACCCGCUUGAGUGCUAUACGUACAAGAGCGCGGAAGUGAAGGAGUACCGCAAGGAGCAGUUGGCCAAGUACCAACAACUACAAGGCCAAGUGGAGCAGUGA